AUCGCAUUCUUGCCGCCGGCAUCCAUGACCGCUGAAGCUCGCGAAAUAGCUUCCAUCUUGCUUGCGCGUCCUAUACCCUCACUGAAGCCAAGCAAUGUAUAUGAUAGUUCUCUUACGCCCCGAAUUGAUGCCUUAUCCGACUCUAUUCCUGUCCUGAGCGCCCUUCACCUACUUAAUGAUGAUAUCGAUCGUGCACAUACGCUCGCGCAAAGCGAUGAUGGAAAUUUGACAAGCAAUUAUUUACACGCGCAGUUGCACAGACGCGAAGGAGAUUAUUGGAAUUCAAAGUGGUGGCUUGGGACUGGAAUGCAAUCUUCGCAUCCGGUGCUUGACAAAGUGCAUGGGAAUACAUACCAGGCGAAGCAAUUUGUAGAUGACUGUCAAGCGGUGCUGGAUAUGAGCUACCGUGCUAAUGAGUUGGAGGCAAGGCAAUGGCAGGAACUGAAAUUGACGUUGGAAUAUGCGCUUGACCAUGAGAAAGAGAUAUAAGUAUUCGCAUUCGCAUUUCGUUACACAGGCAUGUAAUUCUAUCAAUAACAGAAGUAACUUUGAAACCA